UCAGAGCUACGAUGUGUCAUUGUGACUGUUGGAAAUGGUGAGUUGAACAAUGAUUUGUUUUUUAAUGUUUUCACUUCCUUUACUGAUUUUCUGCAUUAAUAAAGUUCACUUCACUUGUAGUUUAUCUUUUGUUUUGACUCCGGUUUACAGACCCAACAACAACUACACCUACUCAACCAACAACACCAGUGGCUACAACCACUAUUCCUUCAACAACAACUACAACCAGCACUAUACUAACUACAACAGCAACACCAGCUACAACCAUCAGUCCCUCCACCAUGACUACACCACUUUCUACAACAACAAUCUCCACUUCAACUACCACCACACCAGAUACAACUAUCACAACUACACCCCUAACUACAACAGUGUCCCCAACAACAGCUACACCAACUACCACCACCACAACUACAACAGCAGUCUCCCCAACAACAGCUGCACCAACUACCACCACACUAGCUACAACCAUUACAACUACACCACUAACUACAACAGUCUCCCCAACAACAACUGCAUCAACUACCACCACACCAGUUACAACCAUUACAACUACACCCCUAACUACAACAGUCUCCCUAACAACAGCUGCAUCAACUACCACCACACCAACUACAACCAUCGCAACUACACCACUAACUACAACAACAGUCUCCCCAACAACAGCUACAUCAACUACCACUACACUAACUACAACUAUUGCAACUACACCACUAACUACAACAGUCUCCCCAACAACAGCUGCACCAACUACCACCACAGUAGCUACAACCAUUACAACUACACCACUAACUACAACAGUCUCCCCAACAACAACUGCAUCAGCUACGACCACACUAGCUACAACCAUUACAACUACACCACUAACUACAACAGUCUCCCCAACAACAACUGCAUCAACUACCACCACACCAGUUACAACCAUCACAACUACACCCCUAACUACAACGGUCUCCCCAACAACAACUGCAUCAGGUACCACCACACUAGCUACAACCAUUACAACUACACCACUAACUACAACAACAAUCUCCCCAACAACAACUACAUCAACUACCACCACUCCAGUUACAACCAUCACAACUACACCCCUAACUACAACAGUCUCCCCAACAACAACUGCAUCAACUACCACCACACUAGCUACACCCAUCACAACUACACCACUAACUACAACAGUCUCCCCAACAACAGCUGCACCAACUACCACCACACCAACUACAACCACCGCAACUACACCACUAACUACAACAACAGUCUCCCAAACAACAGCUACAUCAACUACCACCACACUAACUACAACUAUUGCAACUACACCACUAACUACAACAGUCUCCCCAACAACAACUGCAUUAGGUACCACCACACCAGUUACAACCAUCACAACUACACCACUAACUACAACAACAAUCUCCCCAACAACAACUACAUCAACUACCACCACACCAGUUACAACCAUUACAACUACACCCCUAACUACAACAGUCUCCCCAACAACAGCUGCACCAACUACAACCACCGCAACUACACCACUAACUACAACAACAAUCUCCCCAACAACAGCUGCACCAACUACAACCACCACAACUACACCACUAACUAUAACAACAAUCUCCCCAACAACAGCUGCACCAACUACAACCACUGCAACUACACCAGUAACUACAACAACAGUUUCUCCAACAACAGCUGCACCAACUACCACCACAUUAGCUACAACUACCUCUACAAUGCCACAAACGACAUCUGUUUCUUCAACAACUACACCAACAACAAUUCCACAACCAGUUACUACACCUGAUGACACAACGUCUUCCCCAACAUCUGUAACCGAAGUCUUAAAUUCAAGUGAGUAAGGCAAAUCAUGUUUGUUUUUCUUUAGUUUUUUUAACUAUAUAACCAUCUCUUAUACAUAGAUACAUACAAGUGAUGUGCAUUUGAACUAAAAAUGGCCUGGAUUGUAAUGUUAAGGUCACUGUGCUUCUAGUUGUUGUAGUUCUGAAGAUGAGGCUUUCCUCUUCAUCUCCCCUGUCUGAGGAUGAGUUGAGGACUACUGUCAUACAACAGGUCAGUCUCUUCUUAUG